AUGUUACAUUAUACUUUUCAAAGUUCAAAUAAAACUUUUUUGGAUUCAUUGGUUCCUCCAAAGAUUCAUGAAAGUUUAUCAUCAAAAGCAUCUCCUGAUCGUGAUCCAUCUAAAGAAGAUCAGGUUAGAGUUUUUGUAAAGCAACUUUUAACAGCAUUACAAUAUAUGCAUGAUCGUAAUCAACCUCAUCUUGAUUUAAGACCUGAAGUUGUAUUAUUACAAGAUGAUCAUUUAUGUUUGGCUGAUUUUGGACAAAAUAUUCAUGUAAAAAAUGGAAGAAUUACUGGUAAUUUUAAAGCAUCUCCAGAAUUUGUAGCACCGGAAUUAGUUAAAAAUGAAAAAAUUGGAUUAUAUAGUGAUAUGUGGAGUGUAGGAAUUAUGACUUUUGUUUUACUCGGUGGAAUUUCACCAUUUUUAGGUGAUAAUGAUAAUGAAACUUUAUUAAAUGUUGUAGAAGGUAGAUUUGAUUUGCAAUGUAAAGAACUUUCAUAUGUUACAAAUGAAGCAAUUGAUUUUCUUGAACGUUUAUUAAUCAUUAAUCCAUUUCAAAGAAUGACUGUUAAUGAGGCAUUGUCACAUCCAUGGAUAUGUGAAUCAUCUUUAUUAGAUGCAAAAUUGUCAUCUGAAUUUUUAAGAGAAUUCAAAUAUAGGCAUAAAUGGUUGGAACGCAGAGUUUUUGUACAACAAACUCCAUCAGAUUCAAUUUUAAAAGUUGAACCAAUUCCAGUACCUGAAUUUUGUGAAUCUCAUCCUAACGAAAAACAUUUAGGUACGAUUAUAGAUCCAGUAGCUAUUUACGAUUUUCUUACAAUCAAAGAUCAACCACGUUUAUUUGAACCAAAAUUUACAUACGGAAGCCGUUUAUCUCCAGAAACUGAAACAAAUUCUAAUUUGUCUCCAACAACAAGUUCAGUAUCUCUUCAUAAACUUUCAUAUCCAUUAAAUAUAAUUGACGACUCAUCCUUUGGAUUAUAUCGAACAGAGUCAGAAGAAAGUAUAAAUACAUUACCAUUUGAAGAGCCAAUAAAAUUUAAGAUAGGGAGAGGUUUAAAAGAUUCUUCUCCAUUAUCUACAAAUUCGGUUGGUAUCCAAAAUACCUUCAAAAAAUCACCAUCUCCAUCAAUGCAAAAUUGUGGUGAAGAUAGAAAAAUUUUACAAUCACAAGAAGGGGGUGAAUGUCCUAUAAGUGAUUUACUUAAAAAAGACAUUGAAAAGAAAUUAAAAAAAGCUACUGAAGAUAAGUAUUUUGAAGACGAAGAAGAAGACGAAGAAAUUUUUGAUACCGAUUUUAUUCCACCUUUACGUUUAAUAAAAGGUGAACGUCGUGAGAUUGAAGAAGAAAUUGCAAAUAGAAUUUUAAGUGACAUUUCUGAAGAAAAUUCUUAUGCUGGUUCUAUUGUUAGUUUAAACGACAUUGAACCAAAUCAAAAAUUAUUAACAAAUAAUCCAAGAAAAAAAUUAUAUAGAAGUCGUUCAAGAUCAACUACACCAAUGGAUAAUAGUGGUAGUGAAGAUUCAUUUACACCAAUUGCUUCACCAUCUGUUACUAUUGAUAUGGAUGAUGACAAUGAAUCUGUCAAAGCAUUUUUUUCUGAAAAAGGAUUUAAUGUUCCUCCUGAACAAAUGGAUCCCUCUGUUCCAGUUAGUGCUCCUUUAUUUCUUGAAGGAUUAGGUAAACAUAAAAUUACCGUGGUAAGCAAUGAAGAACGCCCAAAAUCAGGAGGUGGAUUAUCUCCAGGAUUAAAAUGUCGACCAGGAACAAAAUCACCGGUUCUUUUAUCACCAGGAAGAGAACAUAAAAUGGAAUGUGUUAUUAGUACAAAAAGAGGAAAACAAAGAAUGACAAAACCAAUGAAUGAAGAGGCUCCAAUUGAUAAUUCAAUAAACAAUUUAAAUGAAAAAAGAAAGGCCAGUGUCAAAUUUCAUGAUGACUUUGAUGAUUUUGAUGCAUUAAUGGCUGAAGCAGAGAAAGUAAAAAGUGAAUAUAAAGAAAAAAGACCUAAAUUAAAUGGAGAAAAAAAAGAAAAUAUAGAAAAUAUAGAAAUUCAAGAAAAACCAAUUAUUGAUAAUGAAGAAAAGACAAAAAUACCUGUUAGAAGAUAUAAUUUAGAGGAAGAACUUGAAAAAUAUAGACCAAAAAAUUAUUAUAAAGAGGAAGAAAAUAUUGUUCCAGAGAAUGAUAUAGAUGAUUAUAUUUGGGAUAGUCAUUAUCAAAUAGGUCCAGAUACUUUAUUACUUGCAUCAAAAGGUGCUUCUUUUAAUGCUAGAGUUAGAGGUUAUAGAUCAUUUCUUUGGGGUGAAGGUGCACCAUAUGUUGGUGUAGGUAUUUUAGGAUUUAGAAAUAGAGAUAUUACAGUAAGAGAAAGAAGAAGAUAUACAGAUUUAAUGAAAGAAGAAUCAAAUAAUAUACUAAACACUGGUUUUACAGAUGAAUUUGGUAAAAAAUUACAUAUAAUACAUAAUAAAAUAAAUAAAUUACAAAAUCAUGGAGGUUUAUCUUCUAAUAUAAGUGAACAAAAAGGUUCUGUAAUUUUUAAAAAAAGACUUCGUGAUGUUUAUUGGCAUGAAGAAAAAAGUAGAUUUCUUUUUGAAUGUCAAGUUAUUGGAAAUCCUACUCCUGAAAUUGUAUGGAAAUAUAAUAAUACCAUUAUUAAUAAUUCAGAUAGAUACAUUAUUAAAAAUUAUAAUGGUUAUUGUAGUCUAGAAGUUGUUAGACCUGAACUUCAUGAAUUAGGUGAAUAUACAUGUGAAGCAAGAAAUGAAAAUGGUUUUGAUAUAACAAGUUGUCGUGCUUAUUCUGGUGAAACACCUGGAAAACCAGGAAGACCAGAAAUUGAACUUGCUUCUGAUACAGAAGUUUUGAUAUGUUGGGAAAUGCCUGAAACUUGUACAACAUUAGAAGGAAUCAGAUAUAAAUUAGAAAUCAGACCUGCUGGUGAAAAUGAUCAUUUUGCUCCAUGGAUAGUUGUUUCAGAUAAUAUUGAUGGUGAAGUAUGUCUAGUAAAACAUUUAGCUCCUCAUGGUAUUUAUCAAUUUAGAGUUACUGCAAAAAAUGGUUUUGGAUGGGGAUUUCCAAGUUUAAAUUCAAGAAUUAUUAAGACACAUAGAAAAGGUGUUCCAAAAUUACAAACCGAAUUAUUAAAAAGAGAUAUUUGUAUAAAUUCUGUUUCUAUUCCAAGUAGACCAAUCGUCAAAAGAGGUAGUAGAGGAGGUGGAUUAUGUGAAAUUUUAGAAGAAUCUAAUGAUGAUAUGAUAGAAAAUGGAGUUGAAAGAAGAGAAAAUACUAGUAAAAUAGAAAAUUUAGGUGAAGGUGUUACUUUAUUAGUUGAUGAAGAUAUUACAAAAAGAUUUCAAAUUGAAAAAGAAAUAUUUAGAGGAAGAUUUUCAGUUGUUGUUAACGUUAGUGACAGUAAAAAUGAGGGAAGAAGUCAUUGUAUUGCUAAAAAACGUUUGACAACUUAUCCAGAUGUUCCUUCUGCUUUAGAUGAAUAUGAAAAUUUAAAGUUAUGUCAACAUGAAAAUGUUGUUCAAUUAGUUGGAGCAUAUGAAAAUGGUUCAACAAUAACAUUAAUAACAGAAAGGUUAUAUGAAGAUGUCUUUCACAGAUUUAGUUUUCUUGAUUCAUAUAAUGAAGAAUCUGUUGUAUUAACAGUUAGGCAAAUAGUAUCAGCUUUGCACUGGAUACACUAUAAAGGUAUAUUACAUCUAGAUAUUCAACCAGAUAAUAUAAUGUUUGUUAACAAAAGAAGCUGGUUUAUAAAAAUUAUUGAUUUUGGAAGUUCAAAAAAAAUUAGCACAAAUCCUUUAAAGAGUAGUACAAUUCAUCAGAGAAUUGAUUGGAAAGCACCAGAAGUUAUUAAAGGAGAAAAUGUUACAGAAAAAACUGACUGUUUUGGUAUGGGCUUAAUUGCAUUUACAAUUUUAUCCGGAUUCCAUCCAUUCUCUAGUAUUAAUGAUACCUCUGAAGAAAUAUCAGAUGCUAUUUUAAAUGUGAAAUGUGAUCCAAAUUUAAUUCCUGUACAAGCUUCUCAAGAAGCACUUAAAUUUGUUACAUGGGCAUUGAAAAAAGAUCCACGUCGUCGCAUUUCAACAUCCGAAGCUUUAACAGAUCGUUGGUUAUCUUCAGAUGUUAGUAUUGUUAGAAGAAGAGAAGCUAUUAAAUAUAGUUCAAGUAAAUUACGAAAAACGGCAGAUUAUAUUAUGCGAAGAGUUCCAAGAUUAAAUGGAAAUGAUAUGACACCUGUAGAAUUAAUUAGAUAA